AUGGAAUUGAAAAAAGCAGUUCUAGAUAUUAGUAAAUCUAAAAUUCCUCACAAAUGGAUCUCUAUACAAGACCGUGCAUCAAAACCAAAAGAUCUUUCUCAGUACUACCCAUCUCUUACCAAGAUCGAAAAUAUCUUUUUAAAAUUUCAGUCUAAAAGGCUAAAAGAGCGGCUUUGGCCUAUAG